CCUACCAAUCCUGCGAUACUCGCGAGAGCACGACGUGCUGGUGAGGCCAUUCAAAGAAAGGUCUGGCGUCGGUUCCCCAUUCUAUCUCGACUGUACUCAUUCUGCGCAUAGAAACAAGUCAUGAAAGGCUCCGUCUCCGUUUUAGACGAGAUUCCAGGUUCUCAAAUUCUCCCCUCGUACAUCGAGGUCUUCAUGCGCCACCUUUCCCCCGACAAGGUUCCCUCAAGCGAUGGGGACUCGUCAAACAGUCCCUCCACUAUCAUGGCAAUGGCUUGUUUUCGAGCCAUAUGUAGGGGCCUCGACCGAGACUAUUAUCCAGGAUCAGACACGGGCUUCGUCGAAUUAUGGCCAGGGAUACGCGCUUGGAGUCUCUACUUCAUUUCUGUAUGCACAUCCGAGGAUCCUGCGGUGUCUGGUGUAGGUUCUGAUUUGACGGACAUGAGGAUUGCGACUGCCAUGUGCCUGCGAUCCCUCGUCGGAAUCGUCUCAUACAUGAAAAUCAUUUCUGCUGAUGAUCCGCUACACCCUCACCUUGUCGAAUUUUGGCGCGAGUCAUGCCUGUCACGCUGCCAUACUGCUGUCCGUCAUUUGAGCUGCUUAUUGCAUUCAAUUCUAGUCAUGCAGGAAACGCGAUGGGUCGGUAGGUCCCCGUUGGAAGUGGACCCAGCAGAGACGGCGAAACUUUGCUUCGAUUCAGUUUUGGAGGACUACGCUGACGGUGUUCGGUAUGACGGUGAUGAUAUGAACGGUUAUUGUCUGAACUUCAUGAUCACCAUAUGUAAGUCACCGAUUCUAGCAGAAGUGGCCAUACAUGAGGAAAGCGUAAGGUUUAUAUGCAGUCUCAUGCGCCAAUUUGCCGUCACGAUCAUCCGUCUCCCACCACCUCCCAAUUCCAGACUUUUGAACUGGUUUGACAGCACAGUACAUUUCUUACGCGCCAGUAUCUCGCAUCCCACUCUCCCUAUAAUCCUUGCGAUGGUCGAUAACCGCGUUUUAGAGAUGCUUCUACGUAUCUGGCCUCUUCUCCCGCCUGAGGAGGGUUACAGUGUGGAGCCCGUCAUUCCCUCGAUUAUCGACAAUAUUACACUCUAUACCUCCUACAGAUCAGUCACCCACUGUGUUAUUCGUUCUAUCAUCUCUUUGGACAAGAAGGGUGUCGUUGUGGACAUCAAAGAUUAUACGGCGGAUAUAGUUCGCGCUUGGUCAGAUCUAAAAUCGAUCGCCCAAAAGCGUUAUGCAAUCAGGGGUGUGUGCGAUAAACUACGCAAUGUCUGCUUUGCAUGCCGACGUGUAUACGGAAGGAAUAUGCAAUGCUGUUCCAAAUGUGAAAGCGUCCAGUACUGCUCUAUGUCGUGCCAACGGACACACUGGAAGACGGAGCACAAAGCUAAAUGUAUCAAAUCCAAGGUUGGCUUGAAGGAUAGGAAAUACCUCGCCUACCUCGCUCAAGUCACAAUCAUCGAACACGACAGGACUCUUCUACCAAAGAUAUCUGACUUCAUGAGCGAAUUCUCCAUCACAGAGCGUUCUUCUCUGGCAAUUGAAGUUGACCUGCGCGAGAACCCAAUAGUACCGAAGUUUUCAAUAAAGAGGAUUGCUGACAUAGCUGAAGAGGCAGGGGAGAUCAAACCGUGGUUCGCCGACAAUCAUCAGGGAGAGCGUGAUACUUGUGGGAUGGUACGGGUUUUAGCGCCUGGAAACUUUGAUCAGUCUCAUGUAUUUCCGGCCGGGUGGACUUUGGCGAAGUUGACAGUGUAGGGUGGUGGUGGUUUAGGAAAACAGCCGUUGAUAACGUGUUCAUUUUAUAGUAAUAAUUCCUGUCUCUGAUCUCGCUUAAGUGAGAAGAUAACGACUCCGGUUAAUGUUCAUUCGUCAGUUUAUCGAGCCCCCCUCCACCGUUUACGCCGCUUGUGUGGUUCGGACCACCGAAGUAGGACACACCUGAAGCAUCGGAAAACUGAAGACGAAUUAUGAACAAACUGCCCACUCAAAUCAAA